AUGUCUGCUCCAGCCAGGCGCCUCGCGGCUCGAUUGCCGCACCGCGAACGGCAGGAGAUCGUGAAAUCGUUUUUCCAGCCGGCGCUCUCCAUCUCAACAUCCUCUCCUUCCCUUUCCUCGCGUCCGAUCACCAGAUCCGUCGAUCUACAACCCGCAGAUCCGCAACUUUGCGCAUCCACCGUCGAUUCGAGUCCGGCCUGCGAGUUAUUCGAGCAGCCCGCCGUGUUUCCCGGCGGAUCUGGCGCUGCGUCGCGCGGGUACGAGAUUCUAAGCCGAGAUCCGCCAUAUCCGUCCGCGGUUUCAGGAGGAGGGCAGCAGCAACACCAUCAGCAGCGGCAGCAAGAUCACGCGCUUCCACCGCCGCAGUCCACGCUAUCUCAAACCCAAUCGCGUCCUCCUUCACACCUCCUCUCACUCUCCCCCUUUCCUCGCCUCGACUCCCGCGAUCGCCCACGGGGCUUGCUGGCUCAGCGCGGCGCGUCUGCCGCAUUCCACGCCGCAACGGCCGCCGGCAGUCCCUGGCCACUUCCCGUUCGGCACCUGGCACUUGCCAGCGGCGCGCUUGCGGAAGGCCCGGAUACCUGGGAGGGCACGGGGGGUCAGCGCAAGGGGCCCGGGCGGGGAGGGGACGGGGUUGAGGUUGCGCCCCGAAGCGCUAGAUCGUCGCAUCCGCCAAAGGCGGCGCCAGAUCCGGGGCCGCGGGAGGUGCAGCUGCCGGCUGGGCGAAUCACGAUCCGCCAGCUGGCAGUGCGGCUGGGGAAGCGGAUCGAGGAGGUCCGCGCAUGUCUGGCGGCGCUGGGGGAGGAGGGGAAGGGGGCAGAGGGGGAUGGGGGCGGGGGGAGUGGGCGCGCGGGAGCGGAUGCUAUGGUUUCCGCGGAUACUGCGGAGCUAGUUGCGCUGGUAUGCACGUGGAUGGGGCCUUUGCAUGACUGUACCCUGUUGCACUUCCCACCUCCUCGCCUCUUCCCCACCCCUUCGCUAUCUUUCCUACCCCUCCUCCUUCCGCCCACCUCUGUCCUGUACGUAUAUCUGCAAAUUCUCACAACACCCCGUCUCCCCCUGCCGCCUCCCUCCCCUUCCGCACCCCUACCCCUUUCGCCUCCCUCCCCCUUCCGCCUCCCUACCCCUUCCGCGCCCUCCCCUUCCCCUCUCCGCCAGGAAUUCGGCUUCACAGUCUCCGGGGGGCGGGACCUGCGCGCGGAGGAGGGCGCGGGGGGCGCGGAGGGCGCAGAGGCGGAGGCGGAGGCGCGGAAGGCGUGGCCGUGGCGCGCGCCAGUGGUGGCGGUGAUGGGCCACGUGGAUCACGGCAAGACGUCCCUGCUGGACGCGCUUCGGCAGACCUCCGUGGCUGAAUCUGAGGCGGGGGGGAUUACCCAGCACAUAGGCGCGUUUAAGGUGCAGAUGCCGUCAGGAGCGGCGCUCACGUUCCUGGACACGCCAGGGCACGCGGCUUUUGCAGCGAUGAGGGCGCGGGGAGCAGCAGUGACGGAUAUCGUGGUGCUGGUGGUGGCGGCAGAUGAUGGCGUGAUGCCUCAAACGUUAGAGAGCAUCCAGCACGCCAGGAGCGCAGGUGUCCCCAUGGUGGUGGCGAUAACAAAGUGUGACAAGGAGGGGGCAGACCCGGACCGAGUGACUCAACAACUCAUCUCAGAAGGGCUAGAGCUGGAGGAGAUAGGAGGAGACGUGCAGGUGGUAAGGGUGUCCGCCCGUACACGCUCCGGGCUCGAAACCCUAGAAGAAGCAGUGGCUUUACAGGCUGAGUUGAUGGAUUUAAGAGGGAGGGAGGCUGGGGAGGCGGAGGCGGUUGUGAUUGAAGCGAGGAUGGCGCGGGGGAAGGGGCCGCUGGCGAGCGUGAUUGUAAAGGGGGGGAGGUUGCGGAGCGGGAUGUAUGUGGUGGUGGGGAAGUGGUGGGGGCGGGUGAGGAGUCUGAAGGGGUGCCGCGGGGAGAGCUUAAAUGAGGCAGGGCCGUCCACUCCUGUGGAGAUUGAUGGGCUGAAGGGCGUACCUGAGGCAGGUGAUUCGCUCAUGGAGGUGGCAUCUGAGGCGAGAGCGAGGCGGAUCAGUGAGGCGAGACAGGAGGCGUCAGACAGACAGAGGCUGCUGCAGCAGCAGAAGGCUACCAAUGCGUUGCAAGAGCAGCAGGCGGGGCAGCAGGCGGGGCAAGGGACAGGGGAGGUGCAAGCCCGGGGGGGGUCCGCAGGUGCCACAGCCAACUCAGCAGCAGCAGCAGCAGGAGCAGCAGCAGGAGCAGGAACGGCAGGGGAGGAGCAGGAGCAAGCAGACGACGCAGCAGCCACCACCCCCACCCAGAAAGAAGUAGUCCUGGUGCUGAAAGGAGACGUGCAGGGGUCGGUGGAAGCGGUAGGAAGCGCACUGGAGCACAUGGGGUGUGAGAGGGUGCGGGUGAGAGUGGUGCAUGCGGAGGUGGGGGCGAUCACCCAGUCGGAUAUCGACAUGGCCGAGGCCACGGGUGCAGCUGCGAUCGUGGGGUUUAAUGUGCGCUGCAUGGGUGCUGCCGUGGAUGCUGCUGCCAAGCAGGCUGAUGUGCCGAUCCGCCUGCACCGAGUGAUCUACCACCUGUUGGAGGACAUUGGAGGGCUGGUGGUGCAGCAGGCUCCUACAGUGCGGUGCAGUGUGGUGACAGGGCAGGCACAGGUGCUACAGCUCUUUCCCCUCAAGGGCAAGAUGGUUCGCGAUGAGGAGAUCGAGGAGAUGGAGGAGAGGGACGGCAUGGGGGUGAUGGAGCUGCCAGCCGACUCGCCCAUGCUGGGCCGGAUCCCCAAGCCCGCAGCGCCAAACGCGGCGAGCGCGUCGCUGCGCCUGGUCAAGUACUCGGUGCUGCUGCCGACGUUCAACGAGCGCGAGAACGUCAGCCUCGUCGUUUACAUGAUCGUCAAGGCUUUCCAAUCCCUCAACGAGUCGUUUGAGAUCAUAGUGAUAGACGACAACAGCCCGGACGGCACGCAAGAGGUGGUGAAGAAACUGGCGAAGCACUAUGGGGAGGACACCAUUCUUCUUCGGCCAAGGCCUGGCAAGCUAGGGCUAGGCACAGCAUACGUGUUCGGGCUGCAGCAUGCCAGGGGAGAGUUUGUGUUUAUCAUGGACGCAGACCUGUCACACCAUCCAAAGUACAUCCCCCAGUUCAUUCGCAAGCAGCAGGAGACAGACGCGGACAUAGUCACCGGGUCGCGCUACUCCCCAGGGGGGGGCGUCGUGGGGUGGGAUUUCAAGCGCAAGAUGACGAGCCGAGGCGCCAACGUGCUCACACACACGCUGCUCUGGCCGCGCGUGUCGGACCUCACGGGCUCGUUCCGGCUGUAUCGCAAGGAGAUUCUGGAGAAUCUGAUGGACGUGGUGGUGUCCAAGGGCUAUGUGUUCCAGAUGGAGAUGAUUGUGCGGGCGAGCCGAGCCAGUUUGGUGAUUGAGGAGGUGCCAAUUGUUUUCGUGGAUCGGUUGUAUGGAUCUUCAAAGCUGGGAGGGACAGAGAUUAUCAGCGCAGCGGGCAAGAUGGUGCGGGAGAUGGAGUAUUACGAUUUGCUGGGGGUGGCUCCCACAGCAAACGCGAACGAGAUUAAGAAGGCCUACUACAAUCAGGCGCGCAAGGUGCAUCCGGACAAGAACCCCAACGACCCCGAUGCAGCAGCCAAGUUCCAGGCGCUGGGCGAGGCGUAUCAGGUGCUCAGCGACGAGAUGCAGAGGCAGCGCUACGACGCCGCCGGGAAGUCUGGCAUCUCCAGGGAGGCAAUGGUGGAUCCAGCAGCGCUGUUCGGGAUGCUGUUCGGCAGCGAGGCAUUCGAAGACUACGUGGGGCAGCUCGCCAUGGCCACCCUCGCCUCCCUUGCUGUCGACUCCGUCACCAACGCCUCAUCCCCUGCCGGCCCUUCUAUUGCCAAGGACGCGGCUUCCAGUGCUGCUGCGACUCCGGGAGGGCCGGGGGAUGUGGUGGACGCGAUGGCCAUCCAGGCGAAGCUCACGGCGGCACAGGAGGAGCGACUGCAGGAGCUGGGAGUGAAGCUGAAGAGCCGCCUGGACGUGUAUGCAUCCCCCUCGGCCAAUCAGGGCCUGGACGGCGGACGGCACGCGUUCAUGCGCUGGGCGCACGAGGAGGCGGAUGAGCUGAGUCACGCUGCCUUCGGAGAGCACAUGCUGGAGAGCAUAGGGUACGUGUACGAGCGCAGUGCAGCCAAGGAGCAGGGCAAGAGCAUCAUGUACCUGGGCAUGCCGUAUGUGGGCGAGUGGUUCCGGGAGAGGGGCCGCCGCAUCCAAACACAGUGGUCUGCUGCCAUGGGCGUGGUGAGUCUGGUGCAGAUGCAGAUGGACAUGAGGCGGCACGUGGAGGAGAGUGACAUGGACGAGGCAGCGCUCGUCUCCUUCCUCGAGAGCAAGCAGCAGUCGCUGCUCGAGUCCCUGUGGCGCCUCAACGUGCUGGACAUCGAAGCCACGCUCUCUACUGUGUGCCACCAGGUUCUCACAGAGGCGGAUGUUUCACGGACCACCCUGGAGGCACGCGCACAUGCGCUCAAGCAACUGGGGGUCGUUUUCCAGAGCAAGGCAAUGCACAUGGCGAAGGAGAAAGCAGCAAAGGAGAAGGAGAAGGUGGAUAAGGAAAAAGCAGCAGCAGGUGUUGCUGAUGGUACUGCUGCGUCUGGAGCAGCAGCAGCAGCAGGGAGCUCAGGGGGGGCGGACAAGGCAUCAACAGGCGGUGAUAGCAGCAGCACAAAUGGUGUGGCUGGCUCAAAAUCUACGACAGUCACUGUUACGGCUCCUCAGCCUCCUCCCUUGAUACACCCAGUAGCACCGGAGUGGGAUAAGAUGGGGCCAUCCGCAAAUUGGGGUGCUGCGUUUAACCCCUAUGCCCCAUGGCCGCCCGGUGCCACUGCUGACACCCAUAAAUCACCCAAGUCCUCCUCUCAUUCCAAACCCACCUCUAAGUCUCCCAGAGACCCCUCCCCCAAACCCACCUCGUCCCCCAAACCAACCUCCUCCUCACCCAAACCCACCUCCUCCUCCCCAAAACCAACGUCCUCUGCCAACCCAUCGCUGAGGCAAGGAGGCAGUGGGUCCUCGGAGCAUGCAUUUGACAGCAUGUCAGUAUCAGAGCUGAAACGGUAUAUCCGAGAGCACGGAGGCGACACCACAGGGCUCUUGGAACGAUCCGACCUUGUUGGCCUUGCCAAGACGCUCAAAUAG